AGGACACAUCUGAAGCUUUUUAGACGGAGUUUUAUCACAGACUAUGUCCCGCUUGCCAGUCAUGACAAGUAAGAGGGUCCUCACAAGCAGCAGCAGCUCCGAGAACAGUCAGGACAUUCAGGCGCCUGCUCAGAAGAGGAUCCGUAAAGACCUAGAUAAUGUUAAACCAAAGGCGGCAGCAACGAUCAUUGGUGCCAAGCGGCCUACUGUUGCAGCAUCCAGGGCGCCUCUUUCUAGGCCGAUUCGAGCAGGAGCUGCUACGGUGGCUGUUGCUCCUUCCAGAGGUGCCCUGAAGCCGUCUUUAGCUUCGGCUGCUGCGAAAGGAGGAAACAUGAAACAAACUGUCGGAUCCACUGGCACAAAAACAGGUGCCACCCGUCGGCCUGCAUGGGAUCUGAAGGGAAAGGUCAGCGACAUGGAGGGUAAGCUCAGUAACUUCCAGAGCAAAGUCAAAUCUGUCAACCAGGAGAACGAAUCUCUGAAAGGCUCGAUGGCCCAGACCCGGUCAAGAAUCAUGGAGAUGGAGAGCGAGCUUCAGAAGCAGAGGAGCCAGAUCAGUGAAUAUGAAGAAGAGCUGCAGGCGCUGUCGGGGGUCAGGGAUGAGUUGGAGAAAGUGUCGAGUGAUAAGAGCACUCUUCAAACAGAGUUCUCCAACUUAGAGGGAAAAUACAAGGUCAUGGAGACUCUUCGUGAUAGCCAAGAGACAGAGCUACAAACUCUGAAGAUGAAGCUUUCAGUACAGGAAUCCACUCUCACUCGUGUGCAGACGACCCUCAAAGACACAGAAGAAGAAGUUUGCUCUCUCAAAGACACCGUGGCUCAACAGAAGGACGAGCUUCACGCUGGUGAGAUGGAGCGCCGACGUCUCCACAAUACGAUCCAGGAGCUCAAGGGCAACAUCAGGGUCUUUUGCAGAGUGCGCCCACUGGUGGAUGGAGGCCUCAGCAAACACAUCCAGCUCCUCGAUAGUGACAACAAGUCAGUAACACUGGCCAAAACUGAGGAGUCUCACACAGGCAAAACUGGUGACACUCAAAAGAAUUACAACUUCAGUUUUGACCGUGUUUUCAGGCCCCAGGCUUCACAGAAGGAGGUGUUUGAAGAGAUCUCCCUCCUGGUGCAGUCAGCCCUGGAUGGCUACAACGUCUGCUGCUUCGCCUAUGGCCAGACAGGAAGUGGAAAGACGUACACCAUGGAGGGAGACGAGUAUGACGACACCAGAGGUGUCAUUCCCAGAGCUGUGCAGCAGAUCUUUAAAGCAGCAGAGAAGCUGGAAGCACAAGGCUGGGAGUUCACCUUCACCGCAAGUUUUGUUGAAAUUUACAACGAGACCCUUCGGGACCUCCUUUACACCGGAAAGGCCAGCAAGAGACCCGAGCAUGAGAUCCGCAAAUCAGCAAACAACGAGAUUUCAAUCACCAACCUCACCUAUGAGCAGGUCUCCACCGAGGAUCAGGUUCUCGGCUUGAUAGCUGUGGCCAACCAGAAUCGCUCCACUGCCCAGACAGCCCAGAAUGACCGCUCCUCUCGCUCCCACUCAGUCUUCCAGCUGGACAUCGAGGGAGUGAAUGCUGGCAGGGACGUCAAAUGCAAGUCCACUCUGUGCCUGGUAGACUUGGCUGGCAGUGAGCGAAUGGCAAAGAGUCAGUGCCAGGGAGAGCGCUUUAAAGAGAUGACUGCAAUCAACAGCUCCCUGUCCAACCUCGGCAUCGUUAUUGCAGCACUGGCCAACAAGGAGAGCUACAUUCCCUACAGGAACUCCAAGCUUACUUACCUUCUGCAAAGCUGUUUGGGAGGAAACAGCAAGACCCUGAUGUUUGUUAACAUCGCUCCAGAGCCAGAAAGCUUUGGGGAAACUCUCAACUCCCUGAGGUUUGCCAGCAAGGUGAACGACUGUGUUAUUGGAACUGCAAGUGCCAACAGGAAGUAGAGUCACGUCCAGAGGCAGUUAGCUAAUAGAGGGAGCCUAGAGUGUUGCAGGAAGUGGUUUUUAUUUUGUUUUUUAUCAGAAUACACAUUUUUAAAAUAAGCUAUUACUUAUUUUAAGCAUGUGUAUGCUUUUAAUGCACAAUAAUGUGUAACAUAUAGAAUAUAAAUCAUUAUAUUUUGGGAGAAAAUAAGAUUCAUUUUCAUCCCCUCUCUCUUAAUAUUUCUGCUGGAGUGAGAAACAAAAAGGGUCAAACUGCAGCACCUCAAACCGCCCCCGUCAUGCCCCCCUCAUGCCCCCCUCAUGCAGGUGUUAUCAUCCUGUAAAAUAGUGGAAUUAGCUGCAGAGGAUCACCGUCCAAUUCCCGUUUCUAACUGCAAGCAAUCCUUUUUCCAUUCGUGACCCAAAAAAACCCUAACUUCAUGGUGAUAUUUACUGUACUAACCAAAACCAUGAUAUUAACCAAACUCUAACAUGGUGUUCUGCUUCUUUUCCAAUCCUAACCAGAUCACAACAUAGCAUUAUCUCACCAUGAAACAUAAUUGUUAGGUGUAGUCAUUUGGGGCUUGGCUGCCUCCCUUCAACCAAGAAAAACAUGGCAACCCGCAACGCAGAAGUACAUUCACUUUAUGAAAGUCGGAACAAAGUUUUAAAUUAGGACUUGUAGAUCUGAGUAAAGACUCUGCAGCUGGAUUGCUCAUUUCUCAUUCAUAAACACAUUUUUAUUUUUAUUUUUCUUGGACUUCUAAAGUACUAGUACUCAUGCUCAAAUCCCAUUGACUCAGAGAACUGGGACCUCAUGAAGGAGGUCUCCCGUUCUCUCAUAGAAAACAGAGCGACCCAUGGCUGACACCAAAUAUGCACACAGGAACAUGAAUUCAGCAAAUCUGAUCAGUUAAGUCUGAUUGCAGCCGCAGUUCAUAGAGUGACAGGAACAAUGACUGCUUUGAUUACUUGGUGGGAUACAAGAACGCCAACUAUAACCACUCUUUCCAUCUUUCAUCUGCUGUAACAACUCUUUUACACAUGUGUUUCUGUGGAAAAACAUGACUUGUAUAAAUAUUUUAUUGAUUUUCAAAGUUUGACAAUUGUUGUAAUCUUACCCAUUUGGGUUACAUGAAAUCUUAAUAUUCGUGGCUUUCUAAUAAAAAUCAAAUAGA